UGCUUAGAACUCAUCCAACUUGUUCUGUGAAUAUCUUCACGCUUGUUUAACUAUUCCAAUAGAUCUUUGAGUACACGGUACUAUGGAUAAAUCUAACUAUUGGCAUGGUUAGAGACGAAUGGGGUUACAACACUAUAGUUUUUCGGUAAAAUUUGACUCGAUUGAGCUACAAUAACUCACAUUCUCUAAAUAUAUUAUUAUCGCAUACCUAAUAGAAAUCACAAAUCAUUUGGUCUACCACCUCCACAUUAAUUUAUGUGGAAUCCAAGCGUUAGUUAUAGAAACGGCGGGGCCACGUGCAAAAUAGAAUAUGAUGCCAAGGUUCAGAGGUAGUAGAUAUUGAAGCAUUGGCAUAGUCGUAUAGCUCGUGAAUCGUAAUCUAAGCAGAACCGCUCGCUUUCACCAAAGGACAAAACUCAUCUCUCUUCACUGGUUUGGUUCCUACAAAUAUCAAAACCGGAAAACACACAAAACUCAAAAAGAUACCCCGAAUAAACCAAAUAUACCCCUCUCUCUGUUUCUCUCUUCCCUCGUAAACAUCGCUGUCUCCGAGAUGGCCUCUCUCUCAACCCUCUACUCUUCUUCUCCUUCUCUCAAACAGUCCACCGUUAAAGCAUUCACGUCUCCUCCGACGACCAGAGGAGACUCCUUCUCUUUCCCGCACACCUCCAAACCAACAACACACCUACCGUUGACUCUCUCCGCGUCACGCUCCCACACUUCUCACUCUGAUGCCGCCUCCGCCGCAGCCAAGAAGGAGCUUAUCAAAGACCCCGAUGCGCUCUGGAAACGCUACCUCGACUGGCUAUACCAGCAGAAGGACAUUGGACUGUACCUCGAUGUCAGCCGCGUCGGGUUCACUGACGAGUUCGUGGUCGAUAUGGAGGAGAGAUUCAAAUCUGCGUUUAAGGCUAUGGAGGAGCUUGAGAAAGGGUCUAUAGCGAAUCCGGAUGAAGGGAGGAUGGUUGGUCAUUACUGGCUUAGGAACUCUAGUCUCGCUCCUAGGCCGGCUUUAAAGACGUUGAUCGAGAACACUCUUGAUUCGAUCUGUAGUUUCGCUGAUGACAUAGUCUCUGGCAAGAUAAAGCCACCAUCUUCUCCUGCGGGUCGUUUUACUCAGAUACUCUCUGUAGGCAUUGGAGGCUCUGCUCUUGGGCCUCAGUUUGUUGCUGAAGCUUUAGCUCCUGAUAAUCCUCCGUUGAAGAUAAGGUUUAUUGACAACACCGACCCUGCGGGAAUAGAUCAUCAGAUCGCACAACUUGGGCCGGAGCUUGCCUCAACUUUAGUAAUUGUCAUCUCAAAGAGUGGAGGUACUCCUGAAACUAGGAAUGGACUAUUGGAAGUACAGAAAGCAUUUCGUGACGCUGGUCUGAACUUCGCAAAACAGGGUGUUGCAAUAACACAAGAGAACUCGUUGCUGGAUAACACGGCGAGAAUUGAAGGUUGGUUAGCUAGAUUUCCUAUGUACGACUGGGUGGGUGGAAGAACAUCAGUAAUGUCUGCGGUUGGUCUGCUUCCAGCAGCACUACAGGGGAUUGAUAUUAGAGAGAUGCUUGCUGGUGCUGCUAUAAUGGAUGAGGCUACUAGGACAAAUUCUCUCAAGAAUAACCCUGCAGCGCUUUUAGCAAUGUGUUGGUACUGGGCUUCUGACGGUGUUGGUUCCAAGGAUAUGGUUAUCCUUCCUUACAAGGAUAGUUUAUUACUAUUUAGCCGGUAUCUGCAGCAGCUGGUCAUGGAAUCACUAGGAAAGGAGUUUGAUCUUGACGGUAACACUGUUAAUCAAGGGUUAACUGUAUAUGGAAACAAAGGCAGCACUGAUCAGCACGCCUACAUUCAACAGCUGAGAGAGGGUGUGCACAAUUUCUUUGCAACCUUUAUAGAAGUGCUACGUGACAGACCCCCAGGUCAUGAUUGGGAUCUUGAGCCAGGUGUCACUUGUGGAGACUACCUCUUUGGGAUGCUACAGGGAACUAGAUCUGCUUUAUAUGCAAACGGUAGAGAGUCCAUUAGUGUUACUAUCGAGGAAGUGACACCAAGAUCUGUUGGGGCUCUUAUAGCUCUUUACGAAAGAGCAGUCGGGUUAUAUGCCUCACUUGUGAACAUUAAUGCUUACCACCAACCCGGUGUGGAAGCCGGUAAAAAGGCAGCAGCAGAAGUACUGGCCUUGCAAAAGCGUGUGUUGUCAGUUCUUAAUGAAGCCAGCUGUAAAGAUCCAGUAGAGCCAUUGACACUGGACGAGAUAGCUGAUCGUUGCCAUGCUCCUGAGGAAAUCGAGAUGAUAUACAAGAUCAUAGCGCACAUGUCUGCAAAUGAUAGAGUUCUAAUAGCUGAAGGAAGCUGCGGAUCGCCAAGGAGUGUCAAAGUGUUCCUGGGCGAGUGCAAUGUGGAUGACAUGUACGCAUAGUGAAACCCAACAACACUAUGAUCGAAACUCAAUUGAGUCACAUUCUCGGUUUUCUUUAUUUUAUUUCUGCCAUGACUAUGGUUUUGAAAAGGAAAAAAAAAAGAAUGCAAUAAAGAGCAGGAAACAGUUGUGCACUUGUUUGAAAUAAAGUUUCUUUCAGAAAGUGAAAAGUGUGUUGUUGUAAUGAAAACAUUGGAGGAUUUCAUCAACCAAUCAGGUUAAGAUGUUA